AUGGAAAUAGAAUUAAUUGAAUUAAAAGAUAUAAAAGCCAUACCGGAUAUAAUACAUGCCUAUCCACAACGAGUGAAGUCUGAAUGUACACCACUUGUUAUUGACAAUGGAUCCUACAACUGCAGAGUCGGUUGGGCUACUGAAAAGGAACCACAAUUAAUAUUCAAGAAUCUCAUAGCAAAACCACGGAAAGAGCGUGGCAAGAAAGAUGGAGAGCCUCAAGUAGGAAAUGACAUAGCAAACAUUGAAGCCGUUCGAUUUCAGUUGAAAACUCAGUUUGAUCGAAAUGUAGUAACGCAUUUUGAGGCUCAAGAACAGAUAUUUGACUAUACAUUUACUCAUAUGGGCAUAGACACAGAAGGCACUGUGAACCAUCCAGUUAUUUUGACAGAAGCAUUUCUCAAUCCCAAUUAUUCUCGUAACUUGAUGGCGGAAUUGUUGUUUGAAUGUUACAAUGUACCAUCAAUAGCAUAUGGAAUUGAUUGCUUAUUUUCUUAUCAACAUAAUAACUGUCCACCUGAUGGUUUAAUAGUUAGCAUAGGAUAUCACACAACUCAUAUAAUACCAAUAUUGGAUGGCAAAGCAGAUGCCAUGAAUGCAAGAAGAAUCAAUGUUGGUGGAUAUCAUAUCACGUCUUAUAUGCAUAGGCUUCUUCAAUUGAAAUAUCCAGUACAUGUCAAUGCGAUAACACUUAGUCGUGCAGAGGAAUUGAUACACGAACAUUCAACGAUUGCUUUAGGCUAUCAGGAGGAUUUAUCCAAAUGGGCAGAUGUAGAUUAUUAUGAUACACGUGUUUUGCGAGUGCAAUUGCCAUAUAUUGCGCCUACUACCACUCCUGGUCUAACACUUGAGCAGCAGAAAGAAAGAAAGCGAGAAUUAGCACGAAGAUUAAUGGAAAUUAAUGCAAGAAAGAGGGAAGAAAGAUUAGCAGAAGAUGAAGAACAACUUAAUCAACUGUUGGCAGUUCAAGAUCUUCUAGAAGAAGGUGAAAUAGAUGAAUUUGAUCAGGCAUUAAAGUCUUACUCUCUUGCAAAUGAAGCUGAUUUAAUAAAAAUGAUCAACAAUUUACAAGCAAAAGUGGAAAGAACCAGACAAAAAAUAGUUGCUGCUAAUUCACAAGAGGAAAAUAUUGUAAUGGAAGAAAAACCUAAAUUUAAGACUAGCCUUCAACCUAAAGAUCAUCAGGAUAUUGAUGAAUGGAUUGCUGGAGUGAGAAAAAAAAGACAAGAGAUAUUAGAUAAACGUAUGGCAAAGAGACAACGACGACAAGAUAUGGCAAAGCGAAGAACGGCUGCUGCACAGGAAAGAAUGCGUAUAAUUAGUCAAUUGGCAAAAAAAGAAAAACGCGAUGAUGAUUUUGGGAUGCGAGACGAAGACUGGGACGUGUACAAAGUUAUAAAUAGGGAAGGUGGCGAUUCCGAUUCAGAGUUAGAACAGGAGAAACUCUUAGAACUGGAAGACGUUCUGCGUCAUCAUGAUCCAGAAUUUGAUAGUGCUGGCUCCAAUGUUCCCAUGGUUCCUGGAGAAACUCAUCAACUUCACGUUGGCGUAGAACGUUUACGGGCACCAGAAUUAUUAUUUCAACCGUCCAUGGUUGGUUCCGUAGAAGCUGGAAUUGCCGAGACGAUCGAAUUUGUUUUGAAACAGUAUUCCACAGAAGAACAAGCGCGUCUUGUGAGCAACGUGUUUCUUACUGGUGGGCCAACAGCUUUUCCAGGGUUAUUAGAAAGAUUACAACGCGAGUUACGCGAAAUGAGACCGUUCGGAUCCAACUUUCAUGUCAAUAUUGCGAAAAAUACCAGUUUGGAUGCUUGGUACGGUGCAAGAGAUUUUGGUUUGAAUGGCAAUCUUCCUGAGUACUUGGUCAGUCGCAAAGAAUAUGAGGAGAAGGGUGGAGAGUAUUUCAAAGAACAUUCAACAAGCAAUACUUACACUCGAUCGCCUGAUCCUUUGCCAAUGAUACAGGUACCUGUAACAUCUGAACAAGUAAUCGUAGAGGAUGCCGUAGUUGAUGUGGAAAUUGAAUAAAGAGGUACUUAUAAUUAUAAUUUGAAUAUAUAUAUAUAUAUAUAUAUUCACAUAAUAUAAUUAAGAAAUAAACAAAAUUUUG